GUAAUUGCUCAUAUAUACAUCCUGUUCUUUUAAGGCAGCCACAUAAUUGGUGUUUCCUUCAAACAAAUCAAGUUCGGACGAUUAAUAACAACAUUUAGUGGCGUAAAUGGAAUAUAAAGCCAUGGAAAUAAUAUUUAUUACUAUUGCAGCAGUAGUGACGUUGGCUGCCACCCAAGGUUCGAGAAAUGAUGAGUGUCAAAUCGAGCCGGCGGAUGUUGUGUUUGUGCUGGACUCGUCCUACAGUAUCUGGCCUCCAGAUUUCUACAGAGAGGUCCAAUUCAUGCAGAAAGUAAUCGAAACGUUUGACAUUGGGGAGGGGAACGAUAAAACUCGAGUGGCGGCCCUGACAUAUGGGCACAAAGUGUGGCCCAAGUUUUACUUAAAUACUUACAAAGAAAAAGCUCAGAUGUUGCGGGCAACAGAGACUAUCGUCUAUGGUGAGGGUAAAACCACGAACACAGGUGAUGCACUCUCGUUUGCGCGGGAUGUCAUGCUGACUGAAAGAGCAGGUGCAAGGGCAAACGUGACAAAGAUUGUGAUAGUAGUGACAGACGGGUACUCCCAGAAAACAUGGUUCACACAAGAGAUGGCCAAGGUGCUGAAAGACGAUGGCGUGUUUCUGUUUGCAGUCAGUGUCGGCAUGCGUCUGGAUCACAUGGAACUCGCAGGCAUUGCCAGCGACCCAGAUGCGAAGUACUUCUUCAACAUCGACAAGUACAGUGAAAUGUCGUACAUCAAACAAACCAUCGAGAACAAAAUUUGUGAAAACAGGGCUGCACAAGACUCCUGGAAUAUCACCGACACCGACAACUUUGCGGAGUUCAAAGCAGGCACCACUGAAGAAAUCAUACUUGAUUGUGAUGGCAAAGCAGCAGACAUAUAUUUUGCAAUAGACGCUUCAUACAGUAUAAACCAAGACAACUUUGGAAAGCAGAUGGAAUUCAUUCAUGGAGUGGUCGACAUUCUUGAUGUUGCACCAAACAGAACGCGUGUUGGUUUAAUUACCUUCAGCGACGAUGUCACGUUCGUCGUCAAACCUGAACAAAAGUUGUCAAAAGAAGAGUUCAUGAUGUAUUCGAACACUGCAAAAUACAGCGGUGGAGGAACUGAUACGGCAAAUGCUUUGAGAGCGUUACGCGAGGAAGGGUUUUUCGGACCAUCAACUUCCCAAAGAGAUGGAGUGGCCAAAAUCGUAAUUAUAUUGACUGAUGGUUUGUCAGUCUCCCCGGAAUCUACAGUGAUGGAAGCAAACAACCUGAGGAAGGCUGGAGUGGAGAUAUUUUCCGUCGGGAUCGGAGAAGGGAUCGACAAGAAAGAGCUCAUAGACAUCGCAAGUCAGCCAUCAGAUAAGUUCAUGCUUCACGUCGAGGACUUUGGAGCUCUCAUGAACAUUCGACUGAAGCUGGCUGCCAGGUCUUGCACAGUGAAACCUUCAGAUGGCUUGUCAUUUGCAGCCGAUCAGGCGGUUUGCCACCCCAUGACCAAGACAGAUCUUCUCUUCGUGUUUGACGCACUCGAGAUUGGCAGCUGGCGUUCCCAGGCGGUCUCCCAGUUCAUUGAACAGAGCUUAACCUCUUUCAACUUGGCCACUGACCGCCUUCGUGUAGGCCGCGAGAUAGAAAACUGUCCCCGUGGAAACAUUCCUCUAGGAGGAGCUCUACAUGCCGCGGAUUUUGGGGCAGUUCAGUUUUCGUCUUUCACUGAACUGAUUCAGAGGGUGUCACGCGUAAGAUUCUCAGAGGAAAAUGGCGGACGUGCAAAUUCCACUCGAAUGCUGGUGUUGUUUGUGGAUUCAGAACAGAGGAUGAAUUAUGAAACCGUUGAAGCGGCGAAGAAACUGAAAGCGUCUGUGGAUUACUUUUACCUCGUGUCUAUAGGGAAGGGAAUGUACAAUAAACAUUUCGAGGACAUGGCCGACAAAGGCAGGACAUUGAAACUGAACAGCUAUGAUCAACUUCCUGCAAAUACUGGGGACCUCAUGACGUCAAUCUGCGACUACUUUUUCAUGUCUUUCUAGUGUUCAACUAUUUGUGGGGGGGUUCUGCUCUCAAUAGUUUGUUUAAACCUUUGACCACUCAGAUACGCACUUCAUUCCAAACCCUGAGGUAAUGAUGAGCAGCAAACAGCAUGAAACCUGAAAAGACUGCGAGUUACUCGCAUACUGCUAUGGUUAUAUGCUUGUUGCAUGUAGCCAUUUUCACUUUGCUUCUGAGUGGGAAAGGGUUAAACGUGACCAUGUGCCUUUGAAUUUAGUAAUGUCUUGUAAUAUUAUUCUCAUAGAUCAGUCAUUUUUAAAUAUUUUCCCAAUUUACUUUCAAACAAAACUGCUUUUCUUUUAUUAUCAUGUUAAAGUCAUAUUGCUUUUGGCUUAUUAUCCAUAUUCGUUAUUCCAAUAUACUUUUAACUCAUUUUUCUUCUAUUUUUAAAAUCCUUAAUGGAAAAAUGUGUGUAUAGAAAAUGUAUUUGCCAAUAUUACACAAUUUUGGGGGGAAUUUGAACUUGCAAUAUAGUGAACAUGUCCUUCAAAUUAAAACCCUUUUUUAUUUGUUCUCCACAUCUGUCUAUUAACAUGCCUUUUUCAACAAGAUUGAUGAAUCUGCAAUAUUAAAGUUCGACUUUAAUUGUGACAUGUUUGAAAUUUGACUAGAUUUACAAAUAGUGUAUGUUGUUUGUUAGUUUGAAUGUGUUGGCCGUUUUUAAUUAUAAUAUUCAAGCUUGUAUGUAAACUUUUCAUGGAUAAUAAUUAAAAUGAGGUUGCAAGCAUGAUGCUCAUAGUUACAAAGGUAAGUGUAGCAAGCAGUAUAUUGAAGUACAUUAAAUCAUUGAAAAUCAUUAUCAAAGUGGAAAAUAACUUGUGUGGCAGACAAGUCAUGUCUCAAACGAGACACUGACUGUGAUUAUCAAUACUUACUGCAAUUUUGUCCUUAAUAUACUUUAGCAGAACAAAGAUGAUGGGAUACAAGUCAAGUCUUCUCUGAACCCUGAUUUUCACUCCCUAUUUACGAUUCUUUGUCGACGUUAAUUUUUACAUCGUGUCCUUUCAUUCAUUUGAGUUCAGCUUAUUGCUAUUCUUUUCAUCACAGUUCAAUAAACAUGCGUGUUUACUAAUGCACUGGAUUUUCGUGAGUUUUGGCGGUUAUAACGUCAUUAGAGGUCUGCUUACAGGAGACAACGCAUGUUGUGGUUUAAUAUAUUUGUAACAGUAAUUAUUAUACUCAUUUAAGGUUUUAGGAAUUUAUAUUAUUAUUAUUAUUUCAGGUUUAAAUGUACAUUUUCAUAUAGAAUUAUGCUGUUGGAUUAGUGAGUUUAUAAGAUUGUAUUUUUUCUAGUCAACUAGUAUGGGUGAGGCCCAACACUCAGCAGCAUGACAAUUGACAAUUUACGGGCACAGAUUUCCAGAGCCUUUUUCCUAGACAUUCGAAAAUGGGUUUUUAUUUCUUGUUUUUCCUCGGCGAGUCAUGUUGAAUUUUAUACACAUCCUAGUUUAAGAAAUAAUGUGUAUUUUGGAGUUUCUGUUGAGUUAAUGCUUUGUUUGUGUGACAAUAAUAUGUUUUACAUAGUUAAGAUUAUGAUUUUUUGUGUCCCUGGGUUUUGAAUUGGCAAGAACUAUGAUCUGUAAAUGCACUUGUUUACUUACAUAAAUCCUGUUGGUAAAACGGCUACAAUAAAAGCGGACCACCUUCUACAUAAA